AUGACCCGACCAUCGAGGACUCCUACACCAAGCAAUGCGUCAUCGAUGAGCGCGCCGCGCGGGGAGCUGUUCUGGACACGGCGGGGCAGGAGGAGUUCGGGGCCAUGCGGGAGCAGUACAUGA